CAACGACGCCGAGAAUGUCGGACAGUGCAAGCGCCCAUCGUCGCAACGGUCGGCGGUCGCAACAACACUCCAGCUCAUAAACCAACGACUCGUCGAUUCGCGCUGGGCCUCCACGUCAAACACUACCUCAGCCUCAAAAGAUACCUGUUGAACCUACCUUGUUUGUUGUACAUCGUCACAAUAUGGCUGACCCGGUCGCCUCGAAGUCUGGCUUCUUGUGCAUGUACAUGUCGAACCACCCAGACACGCUCGUCGGGUAUGUCAAGCACUGGGGCAAGGUCGCGGAGGAUGUCUCGAGUGCGAAGAUGAUCUCCAUUGAUACCAAGGGGAUGACACUAGCGUACAAGACGAAGGCUGGAGGCCCGGAGAAGGAAGUGCGUGUGCUGUUCGACCCGCCUUUGCUAGGUUACGAGGAAGUCAAGCCUCGCCUCAUCAGCAUGAAGGUCGACGCGGAGGAGGCUCUGGGCAUGGCCCGCGCCCCGCAGAUUACCACCUUCCGUCUUCCCUUCGGUAUCUGGACGACGAAUGUCCUGCUCGCGUUCCUCCUCUACGUGACUUUCUCCCCAGAGCCUCAAUCGCCCAACUUCGCCCCUGCUUAUCUCCCGGCGCACUAUGCCCGUACGAACCUGCCCGUCUGGGCAGUCACGGCGUCUUGGUGGAUCGUUGUCAUCGUUCACCCCCUUGAAGCCCUGUACGCGCUGUACAUGGCGCGGAGACACCGCAUGCCGUUCACAACGGGGGUGGGCUACGUGCUCGGUACACUGAUCUGGGGCCUCCCGGUCCUCAACGAGCUCCGUCACCAGAGACAGGCUGCGCGUAUCGAGAUUCCUUGUGUAUGGGAGGAUUGCUUCGGAAGGAAUAACCCAGGGGCGCCGCUCAUAGCGGACAAGGGUAUAGCGAGAGCACUCGAGAUCGAGCGCCAGCUGAAUGCUGGAGAAGGGAGAACCGUAGAGGAAUUGAUCAAAAGUGAUGACCCUCUCAAGGGUGUUGAAGCAGCCCGUUUACGGCGGUGGUUCAGUUCCAACAAAAUGAUCCCACUACGAGACCUCACGGAUGACUUCGGCUCCGCCGUCCUCUUCGGCCGGCUCGAAGUCGUGCAAGCCGACAUCCUCGCGCGCAUGCACAAGCACGCGCAGCGGAGCACGCCCGACCCGCGCGCCGCGGUGGUCCGCGAUAUCUACGAGAUGCGCUGGGGCCCGACGCAGGUCCCGAUCUUCAACCUCAUCCUGCUGAGCACGCUCCUCGUGCCCGCGAUGCGCCCGCAACAGCUCGCGGUCGCGCGGUUCCUCAUCAACGAGAUGAAGAUGCCCGUCGACGGGCGCGACCUCUCGGGCGCGACGGGGCUCUACCACGCGAUCUCGACAAAGCCCGCGUUCGACCCCGAGUACGCGCAGAUCCUCGUCGACGCGGGCGGCGACGUGAACGCGCGCAACCGCUAUGGGGACACGACCGCGGCGGAGAUCGCGAUGCUGCGCGACUACGGGGCGGACGGGAAGCAGCGCGCGCGCGACGCGCUCGCGUGGUUCUUCGCGCAUGGCGGGAACGUGGACGUGAUGAACACUGACGGCGUGUCCGCGCGCUGGGUCAUGGCCACCGCGCAUCAGCAGAUGGUGCAAGUGACUGGGGUGAUGCGUGCCCUUGCGCAGUUGCCGAUGUGGGACGUCGUGCUGCAGGAGGACGAGCGGAGGAAGGCACUGGGCAUGAAGGCCUGUGCGUUUUGCGCCAGGGUGAAGGAGGAAGGCUCGGGCAAGGCGCUGCUUUUGUGUUCGCGGUGCAAGUGCGUGACGUACUGUGCGCCCCCGAGGAAGUGUCAGAUGGAUGAUUGGAGACACCACAAGGGGAGGUGCAAGCCUAACAAGGCGUCGCGCGGAUCUACCUAUCUUGGAGUACCGCUGGAUAGUUGACCUUUGGAUUAGUGUUCUCCACAGCGUAGAAGGUCCCUUUCAUUUCCUGUAAUUGCGAGAAAAGCAUGAUCGAAAAUCCAACCAGUAUUAACCUGGUACUAUCUUGCCAGCAACAGCCGCUAUAUGUAGGUUGGCCUUCGCGUCGCGGAGUCAGGAGAGUCGCAUCUGCAUGCCAGUGUAGUGAUUAAGUACUACGCCAAGGGUCCCCCUACCGUGAUGGUGCUUGAUCUGUACCUCAGGCCACAUUCUCUCGCCACAGACAGCCGUGUCAUAUGCAUAAGACUGCAAAAGAAGCGAGAAGUACAGGUUGACCAUUUUGAGCCGGGAAACGAUACUGAAC